UCCCUUUCUCUGUUGCCGCGUCUCAUUCUAUCCUGUCCUCUUUCUCUUUGUGUGCCGGCUCACUCUUUCAUGGAGUGACCUUGCCUCCCAUUCUCUCUCUCUCUCUCUCUCUCUCUCUCUCUCUCUCUCUCUCUCUCUCUCUCUCUCUCUCUCUCUCUCUCUCUCUCUCUCUCUCUCUCUCUCUGUUUUCUUUUUUCUUUUACCCUUCUUACCCUCCUAGUUUCUCGAUUCCCCUCCACCUCCCUCUGUAGACAGAUGUGGACGGCAGAGGCAGGAGUUUGCAGAGAGGACGGAAGCUCUUUACCAGCAGAACAGUAUUUAUAAGGAGGAGAAAAGGCCCAGAGAGCAACGAAUGGACGUUUGAGCAAUGGAGUCCUGGACAGUAGAACACAGCCCUGAAGAUAUUCCAGGGAGGAAGAAGUCUAAGCUGAAGAUUCUGAAAUCUCGACUGUUCAAGAGAUCCAGAAAGGAAGAUGAAGGCCGCGCCAAACUCAGCCAGUCUACCAGUGACAUCACAGCUGGGAAGGGAAUUGAUUCAGAGGAAGAUGUAGCGUGCUCCGAGAUAAUGCUUGCGUCAAGAGCAUUGUCCCAUGAAAGCAUCUUUGUGGCAGACGAGGUCCUGGCCGACCCAGAACCCUCCAGGGUGCUGUCCCAGGAGAAUGUCCACACCAAGAUCAAAGCUCUUCAGAUGAAGCUUCAGCAGCAGAAGUUGCACUUGGGGCCCCCCUCCAGUGGUCUGUCGCUAAAACGUCCGGACCACCUGGCCAGGGCUUCUGCUAGUGAAUCUGCGUCACAGGAAGCUCUCAAUAAGGAAAUAUUGCAGCCUUCCGCACAACCUCUGUCUCCUGCCCACAAUAAGUCACCUACCAGAUUUGUGGCUCCCAUGGCAUCUCCUUCUGCACCUACUGCUGUUCUGCUGACCUCACCUACUACUGCUGCUGACCUUCCUUCAGACUUCAGCAGCCCUGCCAAGGUUGCUUCCUCUCUGGAUACUUCUGCUGCACGCCACCGCAUGUCCGUCAAGCCAAGGAACCAGAGGGCCAGCACUAAACGACAGAGAGCAUAUGUCAGUCCUCUUUCAAACCUGACAAAUGACAUGAAUCAUCCAGCAUUGGAAGAGGAAACUAGUUUUCCUGCUGAAACGGAGUCUGCAAUGUCCUCCCACUCAAUUCAGAUCCCACAAUCAGAACCAGAGGGGGUCAACAUCUCGCUUACACCCCAGGGUCUCCAUUUAAAUCCACUGGAGGCUGAGGCCAUCAAACAAGAGGCACAAGCAGCAUCACAACCAGAAAGAUCUGAUACAACCCCUCAGCUUCUCGGAGCUAAAUCUCUCCAUCCCGUUGAUCUAAAGCAUCGGCAACAGCCUGCUGUUACGACAGAAGGGAGCAAACUAGAGCGUCUUGCCGACCUAGGAAUACAGGCUGUAUUCCAUGCCAAAAGCAAUGAAUUCAUCUCAACUGGGCUGAAGGUUAAAAAUCUUGAGAGUGAGCACAGCUCCCAAGAAGUGUCUACGACGUCCCUCUCACCCAGCUUUGGCCCAGUUGGGUCUUUCAGGUCUUCCUCUUUGAACCAACAUGGUAUGACUCAGCCAAUGGCUGAGGUCACACAGAGAGAAGGCCAAGGUUCAGGGCCUUUCAACUUGUCUUCUGUAAAAGGACAAGUUGGAGAACGGCCUCGGUCAAGCAGCUUUGUGGCACAUGGUGUAACCAGUUUCAAGGGUAGAUCAGAAACAAUGGUGAAGUCCUUCACCUCAAAUGUCAACCAGUCACAGGGACAAGGAUUUCAGAAGAAAAUGCAGGAAGAGGAAGAUUUAGGAGAUAUACAGCAACAAAGAGUUGCCGGAAUAGCUAAGGAUGGAGAAGUUAAAGACAAAGGUGAAUUUAAUUCCUUGGAAAGGAGGGUGACCUUCAAAAAAAGAAAAUCAGCACAACUUCCAAAACAAGCAGCCAUUAUGACAGGAGCCUUAGCAGGGAUAGAGGGCAGUCAGGAGGGGGUAGAGGAAUCUGUGGAUGCAGAGGAGGUCCUGGAGGAUCAAGGGACAGGAGCCUUUGGCGUGAAGCUUCGCUCCACAUCUCUGUCUUUAAGAUACCGCACUGAAAGUUCUGCCUCCAGUGUUCAACCGAACAGCACAGAGAUGGCAUCGUCUGCCCCGGUGCUAAUACCCGGUCACCCUACCUCGGCCUCCUUUUGUUCUGGGGAAAAAGGUGACAAGAGAAUCAUAGGGGAUAUAGAAUCUGACCGUUCAAGUGUCCAUCGAAGAGGCACAAGGCCAUGGUCUUUCCGACAUGCUGGUGUAACUGCCGCCCAGCCUACUUUCUCAAGCCUUCGAGAUAAAGCCAAUCACACAAAGCAGGCAGAAGUGUCUGUAUCUACUUCAGAGACACUGGACAUGUCUUUAAACACCAAGGAUGUAGAAAACACUGAAGAUACCCUGCAGGGUCAAACGGCCUCACAGUCAGCCCCCCAGUCAGCCCCAGCAGAUGUGUCUUGGAUGAGCAUGGCCAUGGAGAAAACAAGAAGCCUGUUCAGUAGUAUGCCCAGAGAUUUCACAGGCAUGCAAAGUAAUGCCCGGCAGCCGACCCCAGCACAGCUAACAAAUCAGGGCCAGAAUAGCUUACAAUUUCAGACAGAUAAGGAUAUUCAGUCGCAGGCACAACUUGCAUCACAAACACAUGGUGUAGCGCAGCAACAUGAUAUGCCACAGAUACAGGCCACAAGUCAACCAUUAACUGAGGCAAUGAAACCAACGGUAAUCAAAGCAUUGACCUCAGCGCAGACUGUCCAGCAUUCUCAAGUGUCACCUACAGUGGAACAGAAUAUCCCACUAAAUGUCUCUGAAAGACCACAUAUGCAAAAUACUUCACCGAUCUCAAAGCAAGCCCAUAAUAUGCCAUUUCAACCCACCUUAGCUCAGCCAAUCAUACCGUCCAGCACAAAUGCUGCGUCUCCUAUGUUCGCAGCCCCCUCCUUACGGCCUGUCACACAAAUGGAGAGUAUGCCUGAAUCUGCUCCAGGCAGCAAUCCUUAUUCUUUUGCCCAGGCAAACGUAUCUUAUGGCCAGCCAACCACAGCCCAGGAGCCAUCCAGGGGUGGGGGUCUCCAGUAUAGCAACCAAUUCAAACCAAUGACCUCUGCCCCAACCUCCUCAAACAAUGCUCCAUCCCCAGCCAAAGCCCCAGCCUUAGCCACCCAAGGAGGAGCAGCUGAAGAUGGAGCUGCCCAGUCAGGGAGGAGGACAGCGUGGCAGACCUCUGUUGGGGAGAGGGCUGCCUUCCCCGAGUACCGCACAGAGGGAGGUACCACACAUGGUUUCAAGGUGGAUCAAAGUAAAACACAGACAAACACUGAAUCAUCCGUAGAUUCCCUCAACAACAUACUUAUAAAUAAGGACACCACAUCUGAGAGGAGACCAGGAGGACAACUUGCAGAGUCAAUCCCAGCCAAGAUACUAGGCCGGCUUGCUGACAAUGAAGAGAAAAAGGCCAGACAUCGGAUGCAGACCUCGGCAACACCGUCUUCCUCUGCUACACCAUCAUCUCCACUCCAGUCUGAAUCGGUCAGAAGUCAGCCAUCUUGGAUGGAACUAGCCAAAAGAAAGUCAAUGGCAUGGAGUGAUAAAACAAUGGAAACGUUCUAAGAAACGUUCAUACCUAGCCUAUGAAUCUGAAGGUGUACAAAUAACUUUUUACGUAAUAGAUUGUUAUAAAUAUAUUGCUAACCCUAUUUCAAUACAUGUUUUGGUUGAUCCACUCACUCUCGUAGCAAUCUAUGUAAAUUUUCAAAAAAUUAAAAAUUCUAUUGGUUGA